GCCCACUCUGUCCCUGUGCUCUCCUCCCACUGGUACAGCUGUGCGCGCUCCCGAUGGGAACGGGGGAAAUGGCGGCAAUCUGUCCUUAUAUACAGGUUUUCCCAUAGGAUUUAUAGAAGAGAUGCUGAAUAUGAUCCUGGUUUUCCAACCUCCAGUGGCAAGAACAAGAAGAAACAGUGCUAGGAAAAAGCAGGAGGAGCAUUGAUGGUCUCCAGACCCAUGGGCAGACAUGUGGCAGGCCUGUUCUUUUGUUGGAGCCCAAGCUCUGAUGUGAAUGAUAACUGAGCUUCAUCUCUUCACAAAGAGGAUCCCUCCCUGCACGUUACCAGCAUGAAUCUGCACAUAGAGAAGGGGAGGUCAGAGGGAAGAGAAAGAAACACAAGCAAUUGUCCAAUCACUAUAAACGAUGAAAUGCCGUCAUUUUCUGCGGCUGAUACGAAAGAGUCCAAAUCGGGCACGUUGCAAGCGAAGACAGAGAAGGGUCGGCCGGGCUCUGAAGAUCACCUGAAGAAAAGCUCAGUAUUAAACCUUAGUGACGGGAGGACUCAAGUACUUGCACCAGGAGAAAUGAAGCUGGAGAGUGAAGUGCUGUACCCUAAAGAACAUCAUUCCUCAGCAAACACGCAAAGGCCAGCAGCUGAACCAGAAAUAUUCCCAAUAAUGUCCGGAAAGGAUCAUCCGCAUUCAGAAGAAUAUUUGGACGCAAUGGAAAACACCGGAGUCACGUUCAUCGAUGAGAAUGGUCUAGAGAUCAUACCUCCGGGGGUUAAAAUAAACGACUUGAAAAUCUUACAGAUAAAGAUUGAGAAAGAUGACCCUGAGGACUCCUGGUCAAUGGAUCAAAGCUCGUCGGGUUCAGAGGACAGCGAUUCCCCCGAGACUGUGAAAACGCCCAAGGAACCUUUUGUUUGCACUUACUGCGGCAAGGAGUUCAAUAAAAAGUUUAAUUUCCAAAUCCAUCAGCUGGUGCACACGGGGGAGAAACCAUUCACAUGUUCAGAGUGCGGGAAAAGCUUCUCACAAAAGCGAAUCCUUCAAACCCACCUCAAGGUUCACACGGGGGAGAAACCUUUCACCUGUACAGAAUGCGGCAAAUGCUUUGCUCAAAAGAUUCACCUUCACACCCAUCUGAAGGUUCACACGGGGGAGAAGCCUCACAAGUGCCCAGACUGUGGCAAAUGUUUCUCUGUAAAGAGCAACCUCCGCAAACACCAGAUCGUUCACACGGGGACAAAGCCGUUCACCUGUACGGAAUGUGGCAAAUGCUUCUCCGAAAAGGGCAGCCUUCACAGACACCUGAAGGUCCACACCGGGGAGAAACCGUUUAAAUGUACAGAAUGUGGGAAGGGCUUCACCCGCAAGAUUCACCUUACAAAGCACCACAAACUGCACGCGGGGGUCUAACAACGAGCACAGAACCCACGGGGGUGACCAAGGCCACUCAUACAAUAUCCCUUAGUUUGCCCUGUGGUUCCAUUAGGAGGAUUGUCUAGUGUAUGGCCACCUUCAUUCCUAUCACAGGGGUGUUGGCUAACAAAUCCAGCACUUUACAGAGGCAAAUACAAAACGUAUGACAGAGUUAAUGUUGCAAAAACAAACAAAAUUUGCAAGAUUUAAAGGAAAAGUAAACCCUCAGAAUUUUUUCUUUUGCCGAUCUUUAUCACAGUUCCUCCACUGGAUAAUCAAAUCAAGACACAAUUAUAGAUCAGCGCCACAGGUUAUGGAAAGAAACAAAUAACAGCGCGAUAUUGUUAAUAUUCAGUGCAGUUGGCAAAGUAUUACAACACUAGUCUGUGUCUUGAACCAGAUUUUUUGUGUGUGUUCUAAAGUUCUAAAGUAUAGUGAUUUCUGCAAAGUGCUAUCUCCAAAAUAAAAUUAUAAUUAAGUCAAA